AUGGACACAUCGAGCGGUUCGGAUUCAUACGACAGGACACGGGGACACAGGCCUCGGGGGCGUGAAUCCCACCGGAGACCUUCCCGGGACAGGGUCAGGAAUGGAGGAAAUGGAAGCGAUGGCCGAGCCGCCGAAAUUUCAGAGAAAAUCAGCACCCUGGCAGACACAUUACAGGACACCAGUAGGAACCUGACCAAAGUGGACAAGAUGCUGGGUCAGUACAGGGAUCACACCGAUGAUCAGGCUGAGGCCAUGGCACUGCUUCGGGAGAAUUUGGAGGAGUCGAUCAGUCAGCUGCAAACACAGAGGCUGAGCAGAACCAAUGGGGUCCGCAGUGCGUCUGCCUCAACGCUGCACACAAGUGACCUGGAAGAUGGCUCAGAAUUAGAGGGCAAGCGCUUCAUUCCUACCUCUCCGCUAAAGGACUACACGAGUACACCACGAAGGAGGAGGAGGUCUCUCUCUGCCAACGUUCGCUUCAGAGACCAUGACCUGGCCGGAGAGGAUAUUCAUGUGUUGCACCAGUCGCUGCGGGACCUGCGCUGCGACCAGCAGAGGCUGUCUGAUGACCUGGACAGGGAGAUCCUUCGGAGAAAUAGGUCUGAUAUUGAUACCAGGCGGGCGAUGGAAAGCCUCACGGACCACAUGACAGCCACCCAAAGACAGGACUCAGUGUCGUCCCGUGUGGGGAGGCGUCUGCAGGAGCUGGAGAGAGAGAUGCACAGCGAGCCAAGGGGCAGAGAGAGAGAGAGGCGGCCGGAGCAGCAGGGAGUCGUGUCUGAUGAGCCGCAGGAGCCUUUUGGGAGGCGCCAAGUUCCAGCUGAUGAGAGAGAGGACGCCAUGACUGCACGGCUGCUGAGAGCGGAGAGGGAGAAAUCCAAGAUGGAGAACGAGCUGGACAGAGCCAGGAGACUGCUGCAGCAGACAGAGGACAGCAGGGACUCCCUUGUUCAGCAGGUGGAGGAUAUGCGCAGCGAGCUGCUGAGGGCGAGGACGGAGAGGACGGGGCCUCAGAGGGCACAGCUGGAGACGUUACACCCCAGCGCUCAGCUGCAUGGGAACCGCCCUGAUCGGGAGGUGGGAAGAGAUCGCUCAGAGCUGGAGAAAGAGGUGGCGGAGCUGCGAGCUCAGCUUCACAGGGCUACGGUCCUCAGUGAGGUCGAGGAGCUGAAGAGGGCUCUGGAGAGUAAGGACAAGGAGGUUCUCCAGCUCAGCUUACAGGUGAAGGAAUUGUCAUCAGACCUCGCAGGGCGGGAGCAGCAGCAGCUCAGAAUGCUGGACCAGCUGAAAGAGAUACAAAGCCGAGGGCAGAUGGAGAGGAGAGAGAUGGAGGCGCUGCUCCAGGAGAGCACGAGGAGCAAAGAUGAGCUGAAGACGAGAGCCCAGGAGGCUGUGCGCCAGUGGAGGGCCAAGUGCAGGAGGCUGGAGAAGGAGCUGGAGGACGAGAGAACCUCCGGCCAGCUUCACACCGACAAGGCCGCGCAGGCAGCCAGGGAACGGGAAGCCUCUCAGGCCCAGCUGAAGGCGCUGAGCCAGCAGACCGAGGCGGCCCGCAGGGAGCUCGCCGAUAUCCUCGGCCGUCUGGCCCAGCGCGAAGAGGAGCUGCACCGCAAGGACGUGGAGCUGUCGGAGACUCAGCAGCGCCUGCUGUCACUGCAGCAGGAGAUGUGGGAGGUGAAGGAGGCCUCGGCCACCCUGGAGCAGGAGACUCAGCGUCAGGCCGCCGCCCAAGCCGCGCUACGAGAGGAGAACCAGAAGUUAGAGGAACGAGCCGCGGCCCACGCCCGUCGCAGCCAGAGGGAUCAGGACGCGCAGGCUGACCUCCAGGCAGCCCUUAAGCAGAUGACCGCGGCUCACGCGCAGCUCUCUCAGCAGCUGGCUGAGGAGGAGGGCACCAGGAAGGACCUGCAGAGGGCCGCAACAGAGCUUAAAGCCAAGGCGUCCGCUCUGCAGGAGGAGCGGGCCGCUCUGGGCCAGCAGCUGCAGCUGGAGAGGGACGUACACCAGAGGGAGCUGGACAGCGUAAAGGCCGCGGCUGAGGACGGCAGGACGAGGAGGGAGCGCGAGCUGCAGGAGAUGCUUAAGCUCUGUCGUCAGGACCGAGACGAAAUAAAGGCACAACUGAGAGAGGUCAAGGAAGAAGCAGCGUCGGACAAGGAGCUCUGCGGGGCACUGCAGAUCAAGCUGGACAGGAUGAAGGACGAGUGUGAUAAGCUAGCAGCACAGCUGAGCUCCAAAGAGGAGGCUCAUUCAAUUCUUCAAAGGAAAUGCCAGCUCCUCAAACAGGAACUGGGAGAAAAAGUCAGAUCAGGGGAGCAGAGGCGGGCGUCGGAGUCGGAGCUCGUCCGGCUGGAGAAGAAGGUGCUGCAGAUGGAGACGGAGCAAGAGGCCAUCCUCACUGCUUUGGGCGAGGAGCUGGACGCAGCGUGCCGAGGCCUGGCGAGGAACAGACAAGACAAACUGCAGGUCAUCUCCCAGAGACCAGGGUUAGUGAAAGAUCCACACCUCUGGCUGGCAGAGACAAAGAGCAAGCUGCGCUGGCUGAGCGAGGAGGUGCGGGACCGCGACUCGAGAGAGCAGCGUCUGAGGAGGCAGUAUCAGCAAACCAAGGAUCAGCUAAAAGCCCUCAGAGAGAGCCAGGGCUCAGAACAGGCGGCCCUGCAGCAGCAGCUGGACCAGCAGGAGAAGCUGCUGCACUCCCUCAGCACCGAAAAGAUAGGGCUGCUGGAGAGGACUCGCAGGAAGGAGGAAGAAAUGAGAAGCCUUCAGGAACGCAUUCUGGAUCUGGAAAUGAACACAAAAGUAGCACUGGAUCAACUGGACUUCAUUCCAGAGAAAAACGUUCUGAUGGAGGACUUUAAAGAUUUAGAGCAAUCUCAGCAGCAGAAGGAGAUGGUGGAGCAGCGCUACACCAAAUACAAGGAGAUGGUGUGGGACCUGCAGCACCAGCUGGACGAGUCCAAACGGAAAAUCCUGGAGUGCAGAGUAAGUGACGAGCACACGGCUUUGUGUUUGGAAAGGCCUCUCCAAACAACAAGCACCGCUGACCUCCUCUGUAAAUCCCUCCACUGUGUCGAAACUGUUGCUGGUUUGAUCAGGAUGGAAGAAACAAAUGAAUAG